AUGUCUGACUCGGAUAGCGCAAAGAAACGAAAUUUAAUUCAAACACCAAUACUGGUGGCUCCACCAACUGCGUUCACACGACCGCCAACAUCUUCACUCUUUUCACGAGGCAAUCUUGUAAGUAGUCGUUUGGGUGGUGACAAGACAUCUCUAGCUCGACCUUCAACAGCAGUCCGAGCCGUAGGCUACACAGCAGAUUCCGAAAGACUCAUUGACCAAGCAUUUUUGCAAAAAGCCAAACAACAACAAGGGCUGGGUGCAAAUACCGUUGAUGCAGCUGCCAAAGAAGUCAAUCCUCUCAUUCGAUAUCGACAUUUGGAGGCUAAAAUAUCGGAUCUGUUAGAGUCUUCAAUUGUGUUAAGUGCUGAUUCUACACCAAACCAUGCAGAAUGCUUGAAUAAGGCCAAGGAGGCGUUUUCAUUGGAUCGAACUCUCCAUCGACUUCGGGAUCAAUAUGGAGAGAAUCUCUUUCACAAUCUAGAACUAACCUAUGCGGUUUUCUUCAACCUAGCCGAGCAAUAUACCAAUAACGAUAUGUACGUGGAGGCCCUGAACACCUACACUAUGAUGAUUAAAAACAAAAUGUUUCCCCACGUUAACCACCUCAAGUUGAACAUGGGAAAUAUUUACUUCAAGAUGGGAAUCUACAAUAAAGCUAUAAAAAUGUACCGCAUGGCGUUGGACUCGGUCCCGAGCAAUCUGAAACAGCUUCGGUUGAAAAUAACCCAGAACAUAGGGAUUCUCUUCAUCAAAAUGGGCCAAUAUUCAGAUGCAGCAACAAGUUUUGAGUUCGUGAUGUCAGAUCGACCGGAUGUGCGAAGUGGAAUUCACUUGGUUUUGUGUUACUUCGCCAUGGGCGAUGUGGAAAAAAUAAGGAAUGCCUUUAAGUCACUUGUUGAUAUUCAACUUGAAUAUGAAGAUGACAUAAAAGUUCAAACCUUCAUCGAAGAAAACGAAGAGAGUAAGAGUGUUUUCGACAUGCUUAAGGUCGAUGAGUUUGCCAUCUACAACAAAAUCAAGAGAACCGCUGUGAAGAAGGCCAUCACCAUGGUGGUGGAUCUUAUUUCGCCAGUUAUCGAGGAGAACUAUAACGAUGGGUACUAUUGGUGCAUUGAGAUUAUAAAAUCCUCAUCGAACUUAUCCUGGUUGGCAAGUGACCUAGAACUGAAUAAAGCUCUAGUCUAUCUUCGUCAAAAUGACAUUAAUCAAGCAGUGGAAACUUUGAGAAUGUAUGAAAAAAAGGACGAAAAUAUGGCGGCUAAUGCUCUGACAAAUUUGAGUUUCAUACAUUUACAUAUCGGGGAUAUGGAAAACGCUCGAUUGUGCACUAAUCAAUUCCUCGAAAUGGAUCUAAACAAUCCGAGUGCGCUGGUGAAUAGUGCCGUUUGUGAUAUGAAAUCAGGUGAUUUCAACAAUGCUAAACGGAAGCUUCAAGCGGCUCUAGACGAACAACCAGACCUCUUUGAAGCAAACUACAAUCUUGGACUUCUGGCGGGAAAGAAUUUGAGUGGAGACGAUAUUGAUGUUGCUGAAGAGCAAUUUGUGAAGGUUGGGGAGAAUAUUCAACAUCCACAUGUUCAUUACCAACUAGCAAAGAUAAACGAGUUAAAUAGUUCACCACAUUCUGCUCUUGAGGUUUAUUUACAAGUUCUUGGAUCGGCUGGUGAAAUGGACUCUAAGCUAUUUGAAAAAUUUGCCGCCCUCUAUGAGAGCUUCUCGGAUCACCAAGAGGCGAAUCAGUACUACAAUGAGGCCUAUCGUCUCAAUCCAAGUGACAUAGGAAUAGCCACUUCUAUUGGAUCGUACUAUGUCAAGUUGCAAGCCCUCGACAAAGGGCUCUACUACUAUGAACGGUCAGUGUUGGCCGAUCCCAAUGAUCCGAACCUGAUGCUGCGAAUAGCUUUUUGUUUCAGGCAUCUCUACAUGCCCAAGAAGUAUUUGGAGAUGUUCGAGAAGAUUUAUGCGAAAUUCCCCAAAAACAUGACAUGCUUAAAGUCCCUGGUUCGUGUAACAAAAUCACUCGGAAUGUUAGAGUUGCAUGAAAAAUACAGUGCUGAGUAUGAAAGACUUGAUAAGUCAUCUUUCGAAAUGCGACAGGGCUCAGGGAGAGCUGGAACGGCACGGGGGAAACGAAAGUCAGCUUCAAUUCGAAAUAGUGAUUUGAAUUCUUCUUCGUUGAUCCAACAGCAACAGUCGCAGGUGAGCGCAAUUAACGGAACAGUUUAUGAAGGAUUUGUUCAACAUGAAGAUCCACUUGGACCACCAGCCGAAAGGCCACGCACGGGAAUGGUACGUCGUCGUUCUUCUGAAGAUUCUGGUGGCGAUGAAGAUGCUGAAUUGUUGCUACCCAUUUAA